CAAAUAUUUUUCCAACUAGAAAAGAAUCAAUAAUUUAAAACGCAAGCACAGAGAACACCAGAAAAAAAGAAUCUUCACAAAAUUUCUAUAUUUCAAAAUAACAAAAAAAAAACGUCCUUAAAAAUUAUAUUUAAGAAAACAAAAAGAAACCAUAAAGAAAAACAAAACAAGACGAUAAAAUUUUUAAAUAAAAAAUUUUUGAAUUUUCACAAUUUGCACACAUCUAUAUAUACUUCAUCUUAUCCAUCCAUCUUUUACCGCCAUCUAUAUUUACCAUUUACCACACAUACUAAGAAAUUAGAGCAUGAGAUUAUUUGAAUUCAAUUUUGCUGAAUUUUUGAAUAAAUGAAGCGGUGUGUUAAAUAAUGUAAAUGAUGCAAACGAAAAUUUCAAUGCACUCUCCUCCAACACCAACAACACCAACAACAAUCGAAUAAUAAAAACAAUAAUCCGAAAAAUAAAUAGAAACAAAACAUGAAUAACAAAUUUAUCUUAUCCAGGUGUAUCAAUAAUUCAUACUGCUUCGUUGUCAACGCUGUCACGAAUUUACAAAAUCAGAACAGGUGGUGGUAAAGAAUAAAUCAAAAUUACAAAACAUAACUAGAAGCAGUAAAAAAAAAAAAACUUCGAAAUAAAAAAAAGAAGACAAAACGAAACCAAUUUAUUUUUUAUUUAUUUUAUAAGUUUUAAUAAUUUUGAAAAAAUUUGAAAUUGUAUAUAUAUAUAUAUAAAAUUUACUACAUACAUAUAUACACUAAAAAUAUAUUUAUAAAAAAUUUAGAAUAAUAAAAAAGCAGCAAAAAUGACGGAAAAUAAAGUUUGGCCUCAGCCUGUUUCUGAAACAGUUUAUGGCACAGAUGACAACAAUAUGGUUAUGUCGGAAAAAGUUCAACAAUUGGCUGGUAGUAUUUAUCAGGAAUUUGAAAGAAUGAUAUUACGUUAUGAUGAAGAUGUUGUUAAAACUUUAAUGCCACUUUUAGUUAAUGUAUUGGAAAGUUUAGAUAAUACUUAUCGUACAAUACAAGAACAAGAAGUUGAAGUUGAAUUAUUACGUGAAGACAAUGAACAAUUGGUAACGCAAUAUGAAAGAGAGAAAAGUGCAAGAAAACAAACUGAACAAAAAUUAUUAGAAACUGAAGAUGUUGCUGAAGCUGAAAAUAAAGAAUUAAGUAGUAGAUUAGAAUCUUUAGAAAGUAUUGUUAGAAUGUUAGAAUUAAAGCACAAAAAUAGUUUAGAGCACGCAAAUCGUUUAGAAGAACGUGAAGGUGAAUUAAAAAAAGAAUAUAGUAAAUUGCAUGAACGUUAUACAGAAUUAUUUAAAACUCAUGUUGAUUAUAUGGAAAGAACAAAAAUGUUAAUGGGUACACAUUCACAAAUAAGUUCAGCAUCAGAUAAAUUUGAAAUAAAUCGUACAAGAUUACAUCCGAUUGCAAGAUCAUCUGGUCCAAUAUCAUAUGGUUUUACAUCAUUAGAAAAUUCAACAAUGUUAGAUACUGAAAGAAUAUGUUCUGAUAAUGAAUCUGAUUCAGAUCCAACAUCAUUACAAAAUGAAAUUGAUAAUUUAGAAAGAUUAGAUGAUAAUGAUAGUUUACCACCAUUAAUAUCACCAACAACACAACAUCCUCCCCCAACAACAAUUGUACCACCUAUUGAAAGCUCAAUUGUGCCGAAUUUUUCUGGUUCCAUGGGUAAAACAACAACCCAUAGAGAACAAAGAUCAGCAAAUACUUUAUAUCAAGAACUAUCAUUUCAUGAUAAUGAAGAAAGUGAAGAAAAUGAAGUUACUGGUAGUUGGGUACAUCCUGGAGAAUAUGCAACUUCAGCUAAUGAUAAUUAUUUUGGUAUGGGUAAAGAAGUUGAAAAUUUAAUAUUGGAAAAUAAUGAAUUAUUAGCAACAAAAAAUGCUCUCAAUAUUGUUAAAGAUGAUUUAAUAGCUAAAGUGGAUGAAUUAACUGGUGAAGUUGAAAUAUUACAUGAAAAAUUAAAUUCAGUUUCACAAUCCAAAAAUAAAUUACAACAUAAAGUUAAUGAAUUAGAGGAAGAAUUAAAGAAAACCAAAGAACAAAUUAAACAACAACAUGAUUCUGAACAAGAAAAUGAAAAUGAUAUACCAAUGGCGCAACGUAAGCGAUUUACACGUGUUGAAAUGGCAAUGGUGCUUAUGGAACGUAAUCAAUAUAAAGAACGCUUAAUGGAAUUACAAGAGGCUGUACGACUUACCGAAAUAUUGCGUGCAACAAAAAACGACGAGUUCGAAAUUAAAUCAAAACAAAGCGCUUGGAAAUAUUUCAGUAGCUUAUUUAAAAUAACAAAUAGACCGCAACAUGAGCCAUCACAAGCUGGAAUGUUCCGUUAUAAUGUUAAUCAGGGAUCACCGAGUAGACAAAGUACAGAUGGCAAUCGUUUUAUUUUGCGUGCCAGUUCAGCAUCUACGGCAAGUCCUGGUCUUGCAAAUGCAUUAAUUUUAGCCAAAGAUUACAAUGAUGAAGGAACAUCUCAAAGGGCAAGUGCAAGACGUCGGGAACAAUAUCUUCAGUUAAGAGCACACGUUCAAAAAGAAGAUGGAAGAUUACAUGCGUAUGGUUGGAGUUUGCCAGUUAAUAACAAAGUAGCACAUGAACACCAACAUAAACAUUCUGGAGGUGUACCGGUACCAGUUCCAGUUUAUUGCAAUCCGUUAGCUGAGACAAGCUCUGAAAUGAAGGUUUAUUGUGCUGCUGGUGUGAAUUUAAAUGGAGGUUUCAAAAAGAAUGGUGAAUUUUUCAUACCAGAUGAGGUAUUUUUUGUUACCAAAUCAGCAAUAAAAUCCAAUGAAAUUGUUCCAUCAGCUGGAAUUAAUGGUAUGGAUAGUGAAACUCAAGCAACAUUUUGUUCAGCGAAUUCAAGCGAAGAAUCUCAAUUAAGUUCAUACGUUUGGAUAUGUACGAGUACUUAUUGCGCCAGUACUGUAACUGUAAUUGAUGCUAAUAAUCCAGCAAACGUCUUAGAUGCAUUUCCAGUAUGUCAGAGUCAUCUAUUAUGUAUUGCUUCAGUUCCUGGUGCUAUGGAAAAUGAUUAUGUAUUGCUCGAACGAAGUGAAAUAGCCAAGGAUGGUGAAAGUUUAGAAAAGCCUGGCGAUGAAGUUGAUAAUGUUGGUCGUAUAGUAUACGUUAAAAAUGCUAUAGUCGAUGGCUUAAAAAACAAUAAAAAUAAUAAUAAUACCAAUAAUUCAAAUAACGCCAACAACACCAAUAAUAAUAACAUUUCCGAAAUUGUUAUCGAAAAUAAUACUAAUAGGGAUUAUUCACAAACUCCAGAAGGUGAAGAUGUUGUACGUAGUACCGAUGCUAACUUAGAAUUUUCGAAGCCAGUUAAUCCAAUUUUAAGAACUAAAGGUAGAGAGAAUGAACCAGAAAUGUCAUCAGUUGGUCCUACAAUGUGGAUGGGUGCACAAGAUGGAAUGUUAUAUGUUCAUAGUGCAAUAGGUAGAUGGCAUGAAUGUUUACAUAAAGUAGAACUACCCGAUCCAAUAUUGGCAAUUGUUAACUUAGGUACAAGAGUAUUUGUAGCUAUCGCAAAUGGUAAACUUGUAGUAUUUCGUCGUCAAGCUGACGGUCAAUGGGAUUUAAAUAAUUAUUUUUUGGUGACAUUAGGUUCACCAAAACAUUCAACACGUUGCUUAUGUAUUGCUGCUGAUAAAAUUUGGGCUGCUCAUCGCAAUAAAAUUUUCGUAAUUGAUCCAAUUUCAUUAAAUAUUGUACGUAAAUUUGAAGCUCAUCCUCGUAAAGAAAGUCAAAUUAGACAGAUGACAGCAACUGGUUUAGGCGUAUGGGUAUCAAUAAGAUUAGAUUCAACAUUACGUUUAUAUAAUGCAUUAUCAUAUGAACAUAUACAAGAUGUUGAUAUUGAACCAUAUGUUUCGAAAAUGCUUGGAACUGGUAAAUUAGGUUUCUCAUUUGUUCGUAUUACUGCAUUAUUAGUCUCUUGUAAUCGUUUAUGGAUAGGUACAAGUAAUGGUGUUGUUAUAUCAGUACCAUUAAAUGAUGGUGGUAUUAGUAAUAAUUAUAAAACAUCUAAUACAACAGCAACAUCAAAUACAACAUCAAAUUCAAAUACAAAUAAUAUUAAUACAAUUAUAAAAGCAAGUAAUAAUAGUAAUAAUGAUGGUUAUAUACCACGUUGUUGUAUGGCCAAUGCUCAAUUGUCAUUUCAUGGUCAUAGAGAUGCUGUAAAAUUUUUCGUUGCAGUACCAAUGUCUCAAUCAAAUAAAAAUUCAUUAACACAAUUAAAUAAUGAUAAAAAAGAUAUGCUAGUCAUUUGUGGUGGUGAAGGUUAUAUUGAUUUUCGGCAAGGUGAUAAUUCAAUGGAAAAUAGUGUUCAUUUAGAAAUGAAUCAAAAUUUGGAAAAUCGUGGAGAGAAAAGUUUUUUAAUAGUUUGGCAUGUUAAUCAACGUUAAGAAUAUUAAAAUAUAGAAACAAAAAGAAAAGAAAUUUUAAAUAAAAAUUUAUAAUAUACAUACAUAAUAUAUAUAUACAUAUUAAAUAUAUUUAUUUAAUUAGCUGUCUAGUAAGUUAAUGGAAAAAUUAAAAAAAAAAAAAACCUUUUACUAAUUUAAAAAACAAAAACUUGUAUAAUAUUGAAAAAAAAAUUAUUUAUAAAAGAAAAAUAUAGCCAAUAGAAUUUAUAAUUUAAAAAAUACUGUGCAAGCAGAAAAAAGCAAUUUUAUUUUGUAUUAGAAAUUGUGAUUUAAAAUUUUGCUAGACGUUCAUAUAAUUUUGAAAUUUUAUUUUUUUUAAUAUUUUUCAAUUAAUUUCUAUUUCUAUGUAUUUUUUUUAAAUAUACAUAUAUGUGCAUUGUAUGUUUCUGUUUUGUUAAAAUUUCAAAUUUGUAUUUUAUAAAUAAAAUUGUUUUUUGUGACCUUUUACAUAAUGUACACUAUAUACUUUUAAUAAAGCCAAUUGAUUGGCCUCCCAGUGGUUUAUUUGGCCAAAUAAUUAAAUUUUUUAUUAUUAUUUAAGUUAAAAAUGAAAGAAAUAAUUAUAUUUUAGGAAAAUUAAAUAAAUAAAAGGUUGAGUUUCGAAUUGUAAUAAUUACGGUAUUACUUAUUAAUUUUCAAGUCAAAUAUUAAUUUCUUUAAAUGAAUUAAUUUUGAAAAAGACAACUCUCAUUAUAUGAGGAAAUUUUUUUACUCUAAGCUUAAAUCAUUUUCUAAGCUCAAAUGUCGUAAUAAUUUCAAGAUUGUUCUGUAUGACAGAAAGCUUUCAGUCAAUAAAAUUGUAUAACUUUUGGAUCAGAAUUCUCAUUCCUCUUUGAACUACUAAAUGAUUUCUUUUCUCUUGAUUUCAAUUGAAUUUCGUUAUAAUUAUAACAUGUAAAGAUUUUUUUAAUAUCGAAAAUUUUUUGGAUCUAAAGCAAAGUGACUGUAUAGUCUUUACGUUUCGAAAAAAUUCAAAAAUACAAAAAAAAAAAAAAAACAAUUUUCUCACUUAAAAUUAUUUUAGUCAAUUACUUCGUGAGCAAAAAUAUUUAAUUAUUUAAUAGAAUGAGGUCUGUUAAUUUCUUAACUCCUUGUUUAAUAAUAUUUUGGAACUCAACUCAUUUAAAUCAAAAUUUUUUUAUAUUUUUAAAAUAUUUUUACUUUAAAUUUCUAAACACAACUUCAAAAACUUAACAUUUUAAAUUAAAUUACUAUGAAAUACUAAAUUAUUUUCUUGGAAAUUUAAAAAAAUAUUUUGUUAUACGAGUCUAAAUUGUUAUACAUAAAAAAAAACAAGACAAUGAAAGAAAAUUAUUGAAUAAUUUUUAUUGUACGAAAUUUGUAAAUAAUAAUUUUAAUUAUUUUUUUGAAUUAAAAAAAUAAAUUAUACCAAAAACAAGUAAAAAUAAAACUUAAAUUUAUUUAUUUUCAUAUUUAAAAGGUGAUUAUAAUUAAUUUUAAAAGUUUUAAAUAUAAAAACAUUAUUGGAUAAAUAAAGAAAAACAAAAAAAAAUGUGAACGAAAUAUGUAUGUAUAUUUAUUGUUAUUUUGUUUUUUUUUUUUGUAAGCUUUAAUUAUUAAAAUAGGAUAAAACGCAAACUAUAUUUAAUAUUUUGUAAAUGUAUGUUUUACAUAAAUUAGUGAUAAAAUGAUAAUUUUAAAAUAAAGUAUUCAUGCAUUUAAGCAUAAAUAAAACAAUGUUGGAAGAGAAUAGCAAACAAAAAUUAUAAUGAAUUUCUUCUAUAUUAAAUAAUAUAAUAACUUUAUUUUAUUAUAUUUUAUGUAAUUUUUUUAAUUUUUGAUUUGAUAGUAUCUAACAAAAUACUUAAACCGAAAAAUUAAGCAAAGAUCUUGAGCCUGUUUUGUUUUUUUAAAUAUUACAUAAAUUAAUUUUUAUUUGUAUGAAUAUGCCAAAAAAUAAAUUUGAGGAAAAUUAUCUUCGAAAAUUAUUUAAAUUUCCUUUUCUUUCUUACUUAAUCACAUUAUUAUUACUUAAUUAUGUUUUGUUAAAAUGAAAUUCAAACUUUAUUAUUAU